AUGUGCGCAAAGGUGUGUCAGAAUGACAACAUCCAUUGCUCCUCGCCAAGCUGGCGUCACCUGCCCAUGGCACGCCUGGUGUUUGCCGAUGGCACCAAGGCACUCUCCCGCAGUGUCAUCCACUGUCCGAACUGCAAGUCUUCCAUGUACAAAGGUUCAGAGACAUAUGACCUGAUGGUACAGUUGAAGCAGAAGGGUGAACACGAUUUUGAGGUACCUGCUCCGAAGGAACCUGACACAGAUGCACUCGAUGAGCUGGAAAUCAGGGUCCAAGGUACAUCUGGUACCUAUUUGCCUAUGAACGCCAGGGGUGGGGCAACACAGAUGAGUCAGUUGAAUGGGUCCUACCGCAUGAAUGGCAAGUACAACGGCAAGCCUGUUUACGUCAAUACCACCUCGAAUGCGGUGAUGUUUUACUGGAGUGGCAUGCGCAGAUGGGUCAUGAAUUUUGCGGGCAGCUUCACCAACUACGCUGCGAUGUCGGAAGAUGAUCUGUCUGACAGCCUCUGGCCACCGCUGGAAGGAUGGUUUUUGAGUCACAUUGCAGGUGAGGAGGGAGACACGGAGUUGGUGGUUUCCCUAGACAAUCCUGGCAAGAUGGCAGCGCCUCUUCCUCAGCUUCACAUACCUGUGUGGAAGAAGCCCGACAAUUCAGGCUAUGCUUCAGCCAAAGCGGCUGAUGCCAAAUCUGCAGCAAAAACCGGCACGCUUGAGGCUACCAAGCUGCACCUUGCGGGUGUGUUUGACAAAUGGGAGAUGGUGUCCGUGAGCAACAACAAGUUUGCUGAGAGAGGCUGGGCAUCGAUUAACCGCGAGACGGGCGGCGAUUCGGUGUGUGUUUGGCCUUCAUCACAACGCGAUGGGCCUCCGGACCUCGGGUUCGCUUCCACGGCUGAGUUUUUGUCUGCCGGGUGGAGGAUUGAUCUCGAUGCUGACGGGCAUCCACUUCCGCAUAAAUGCGGGUACUAG